CGACCGAUCGAGCGAGUGCGAGUGUAACAUGGAGCGUUGCGAAAAUCCUUCAAUUUUAAUAAAUAAAUUGUUCGAGAAUCACUGCGAAAUAUAAGUUAUUUAUUAAUUUUUAACGAAGUCGAUGUGGUAUUAAGAAAUUCAUUCGGUAAGCGUGUGCGCGAAUCAAAUUGUGUAAAGAAGUGGUGCUGUUUUGACUUGCAAAAAGUGCUGUCAUUUUCAAGGUGUAGCGACACCGCAGAAGGAAAACUCGCUGCUGGCUGCAUACCAUAUACGCAAGGAAAUCCCAUCGUCAGGCUCAAGGCGAAAGACGUUCCGUGAAAUUUUCCAAAAUUUUUCCAUUUUGCAUUUUUCUGUGAAAGAUCUUUCAGCCAGUUUUCGACCAACCUUGUGUGAAGUUGGAUGAUUAGAGGCGUCGUCGUACGCUAUGUAGUGGGAAAAUUCAAUAGGCAAAAGAAAAAAUGAAAAUUGGAAGUGUAUUAUUAGCCAUGGUAGGCAAGGGCGAUGUGCGGCAGUGGCCAAUUGCUUGAUGUGUAAUGUGUAGUGGUUAAACCGAAUGUGGUGGAAAAGUAAAGUACGAGAAAAAAGCUUUAAUUGAAAAUAUAUAAAAAGGCCAAAAAAUACAACAUAAAAAAUAUACACAACGACCGACCGAAAAAAGCAAAGUAGAAAGUCCGACAGCCAGCGAAUGACGUCCGACAAUUGUUAAACAACCGUGACGGUGCGCGUGGAAGAAACAAAGUGGUGUGCAAAAAAUUGCAGGCGGCGCGGUGCAGUGCAGUACGGUACGGUACGGUUGGGCGUGUGUGCUAUGCCUGCAUUGAAGGUGAAGGAGACGUGUAUGAAAAUAAAACACAAUUUUUUUUAUAAAAACAAAAGAUCAAUAUAUGUAAAAAAUGCAUGUGCUAAAAAGGUAAACAAAAAACUAAAAUUACCACGCGAAAUGUACUCCUAAUAAGGGGAACCUUCUCGUAUUAUAACCCUUAUCUAUUCCGACUUAAGAUCCUAUUCACCAAUUCAUUGCUCUCAUACCUAACGUAAAAAAAUUAACUACCAACUCUUUACAUAAAUAAACGUGUAAUCUAUUCGCUGCCGUCUCCAGCUAUUGCACUUUAAUUUAUUUACUCAUUGUUCUUAGUGCUUCCAUUCUUCCAUUGUUUUCACUGGCGCUAUAGUGUCAACAGCUGUUACGUCCAAUCUUUUUUAUCUGCUAAACGGCUGUCUGACAAACGGGUUCGUGGUCAUCAAAUCUAAAAACGGAGAAAAUAAAUUAUUUGUGUGAAUUAGUAUCAGAAUGCCCAAAUGCGACAUGAAGACCCGCUACAUUCCUGCUACAUUUGCCUGGAUUCUGCUGCUUUCCACAACGUUCCUCUUCUUUUUCUAUCCCUGCCAAUACUAUUUGACAAGUCAUCCAUGGGUACCAGCAUAUCAGGGUGUCAUCACAUUUUUCGUUUUGGCCAAUUUCUCAUUAGCGACAUUCAUGGAUCCCGGUGUCAUACCAAAAGCUUCACCAGAUGAGGACCGGGAGGAGGAGUUUCGUGCACCACUUUAUAAAAAUGCCGAAAUCAAUGGCAUCACCGUAAAAAUGAAAUGGUGUGUGACUUGUAAAUUCUAUCGACCACCACGUUGUUCACACUGUUCCGUAUGCAAUCACUGCAUAGAAACAUUCGAUCAUCAUUGCCCUUGGGUGAAUAAUUGCAUUGGACGUCGCAAUUAUCGUUUUUUCUUCUUCUUUCUGGUUUCGCUGUCCAUACACAUGCUGAGCAUAUUUUCGUUAUGCUUAUUUUAUAUACUGAAAGUUACACCACGUAUAAAGGAGCCAUCGCCCAUCGUAGCUAUGGUGCUGAUGGCCAUUGUUAUAAUCCUAGCGAUUCCAAUUUUUGGUUUAACCGGAUUUCACAUGGUGCUCGUAUCACGUGGCCGCACAACAAACGAACAGGUUACAGGCAAAUUUAAAGGCGGCUAUAAUCCAUUCUCUCGUGGCUGCUGGCAUAAUUGCUGCUACACCCAAUGUGGACCACAAUAUCCGAGUCUUCUUAAGCCAGAAAAAUAUGCAGCUCGUCGCUCACACAAGGAUGGUCAGGGUAUUAGUGUUAUCACUACCGAACGUCGCAACAAUCAGCAGAGCAGCAGUAUGCGGGGCAACAGUACACCUGGCAAUGCGCCACGUUCGCCACGUGAAACGCUGAAAAACUAUUACGAUAGGGAUAAUCGACACACUCAGGUAAAGACUUAUACGGACCAGGGCAAUGGUUAUAAUCAACGGUCGGGCAGCACAACGCUUUAUAGUAAGCUGUCGCCCGGACGUGAAUGUUCAGACACCGACAUGGAACCGCAAGCAUCACAGAGUCAAGAUUGUGAGCCCACACCUCCAUUACAACGACACAACUCGACGAAUUUCUACCUGCCUCAAGUGGAGGCAGGCGUGAGCAAUUUAAAUAAUGGCGUUAUAGCAACUAAUGCGGGCAUGUUGCCCAACGCUGGCGGUGGAGGUGGUGGUGGUGGUGGUGUAGCAGCAGGCGGAGGUGGUGGAGGCGAUUCGCCACGACAUAUGCGCAUGUACCAUCCGCGACACAGUCCAUUAGCGCGACAGCGCGGUUUGGAGCCACAACGCGGCUAUAAUCCCGCCGAUCCACUUUCGCCCGAUCAUCCUGCUCAUCCGGGCAAUCAGGGCGCACAACAACAACGCAGUGGGACAACUGCAACACCCACAAUGCAGCAACGAAUAAAACCGUUGGGUGUGGCAACACCACUGGUGAUGGCAAGUCCAGUUAGAAGAUCCAAUCCUGGUACGCCCACCCAACCAAGACGACCCGAUUUCAUUGGUCUAAAUACACAACAACAACCGUCACAGACUUAUUACGAGUAUACGACUGGCUUGCCGCCGCAACAUCCACAACCGCCUACCAUUCAACAGCAGCAAAUCAUGUUGCAACAACAGCAACAACGUGCCAUGAUGCAACAGCAUCAGCAUCAGCAACAACAACAGCAAGUACCGCUAACACAUCACCAGCAACAGGUGCUGGCCUCACAGGCCUACGGUGGAAGCCCUCAACGCCGCUUUCUCUCCGAAGGUGAACUAGUACGACAGGGCGGCAAUGAACUUUCAUAUGCGCGCUCUAACAACACGGUAGAUAAUAUACGCGAAUUAGCGGGUAGUCCACAACGUGGCGUCUACAUGUGGAAGGACACUUCGCCUGGCUUCAGUAGUAGCAGUGGUAGCGCCAGCGGCGGCGGUGGCGGUGGUGGCAUGCCGCCCUCUUCCAUGGGCAUCGGCAGCAGUGGCGGCUCAAUGGCCAAUAGCAUACAUCACGCACAGUACAUCACAGUAGGCGGCAGCGGUCAGCCACAUCCAUUAAUAAUGACGCAUUCGCGUAUACACCAACCAGGCGAAUAUGUACCGGUAGCUCAGCAACAGCAACAACAACAACAACAACAAAAUCAAUAUCGUUCCAAUCCGACCAGUCCUACGACGAUGCCACCUACCUCGUCGACAUCCGCACCAACCUAUAUGAUGCGUUAUGGUAUUGGUAAUCCCGCUGCCUCACAGUCAAAUAAUUAUGUGCACACAUCACAAGCGAUGACAAAUUCUAACGCCGGCGGCUAUCAGCCACAAUUGCGGGGCGGCGUUCCCGUUUUUCCACCAAAUCCUAGUGGGCCCAGCGGUGGCGGCGUCGGUGGUGCUGGCGUUGUCACCCAACUACAAACACAGCCAUCGCCUCAAGUGAAGCGAAAACAGACGCCAACACGUCCCAUGUCAUUUGUGCGCGCACUCGAAAUGACCGACUCUAUGGAGAUGCAAUCGCUGGAACAGCAGCAACAGCAGGGGCGCAGUGGCAAUAUGCCACCAUCAGCAGUAGGUGGACCAGGCGCACAACAUUUGGUGGGUGGUGCACGCACGACCACACCCACACCCGAACGUGCCAGCGUUUACGAUAUGAAUUACGAAAUCUCCGUAUAACCCGUGGUUGUGCCGGUUGUCGUGCCACCCGCCUCUGUGACCAUUUCGGCAACGGCAGCGGCGUAUGCGCGAAAAAAGGGCGCAAGCGUUGUUGCCAGCACGGCCGAGCCAUCGGCGUAUGCGUCGGUGCCUGUAAUGGCGGCAAAUGCGCCCAAUAGGCGCAAGUUCUCCACCUUCUUCUAGAGAAAUACAUUUACAUAUGUAUGUGUGGUGAAGCCGUCUCACUUUUGAUGGCUAAUGUCAUCGAUUAAGUCAGCUUAUCUUUAGAAAUUAUGAAAGAGAAAAUUGUUGUGCUUUCUUUUUUACAACUUUUUACUAUACACUAAACCACUUCCUUUAAUAGCAAGUCAUCGCUUAUGUAUCAUAUACCACACUCUACGCUACCAAAUACCACUAUCCGUAUCGCCAAAUGUAAAUAAGUAUACAACCUAAGAUACACCUCCUACGAAUACUGCAUAUACAUAAAUACAGACAUACAUAAUUAAUGAUAAUAGUUGUAUAAAAAAAAAAUAUCUUUAAGUGUGAUUAAUUAUGCCACAUCUAUUGGUUAUCAAUUUCAAAAUCAUCGUAUAUAUUGUAUAUUUUCAUCCGAAGAUUAGCCUGUAAAAGUUUUAAAUACAUAUGUAUGUAUGAAUUGUAAAUCAACUUUUAUACAUAAAUAUCGAGUCAACGAGCUCAUAAAACCAUAAAAGUAUACUAUAUGAAAGUGUCUAUAUAAUAUUAGUUAUGGUACAAUCAGGGCUAUCACUGAAUCCAUCGUAGUCCGAAUUUUUUGAAAAUCUUCGAAAAUGCAAUCACGAUGGAUUCAGUGAUAUCCCCGAAUAUGUUUGUCUAAACAAACAGAUGACUAAACUAAGCAAAUUAAUGUGUAUGCUUGAAUGAGAGUAGCAGCAAACAAAAAAAAAA